UCUAAGAUGACAAAUAAAGCUUGAGCUCUGUCUCUCAUACAAACACUGCUCCUGGUGGCCCCAGAGCUGCUGCUGUUGCUGCAGGAAGAGGAGGAGGGAGGAGGAGCUUGGCUUGUCUGGCCUUGGUGUCGGAGCUGCGGAAAAAUGCAGCUCUCUCUGGGAACUGUGCUCCCUUCCCUUUGGGAAAGAGCCUCCCUGCAGAUCCUCCUUCUCUUCUCUGCCACCUUCCUCAUCCUGGCACAGUAUCUGCAGAGGAGGAGGAGGAGGCAUCACAACUAUCCCCCUGGCCCUCCUGGGCUGCCCAUAUUGGGCAACUUCUUCCAGAUGGACUUUAAAAACCCCCAAAUCACCAUCCAAAAGUUUGUCAAGAAAUAUGGAAAUAUUUUCUGCAUGGAUGUGGGAAAUACUGCCUUAAUGAUGGUAACUGGAUUGCCACUGAUCAAGGAGGUCCUGGUCAACCAAGACCAGGUGUUUAUUGAUCGCCCCCAACUUCCUCUCCACUUCCAUGUCUUUAAAACAUUUGGCUUAAUAAUGUCUACUGGCCAAGAGUGGAGACAGCAAAGAAGAUUUGCCUUAAUGACGUUGAGGAACUUUGGUUUGGGAAAGAAGAGCCUGGAAGAUCGCAUCUGGGAAGAGUCCAAAUAUCUCAUUGAAGCUAUCAGGGAACAAAAAGGACAGCCCUUUGACCCCCACUUUCAGAUCAACAAUGCUGUUUCCAAUAUCAUCUGCUCUAUAACUUUUGGGCAUCGCUUUGAGUACCAUGAUUCUCAGUUUCAGGAGCUGCUAAAGAGUUUGGAUGAUGUUAUAGUGCUUGAAAUCAGAUGGGAGUGUCAGCUCUUCAAUAUGUUUCCUUGGAUAAUGAAAUUCCUGCCAGGAUCUCACCAGAAGUUCUUUAGAGAAUGGAAGAAGCUACAGUCUUUUGUAAAAGGUGUGAUCAAACAACACAAGGAAGACCUGAACCCAGAGGAGACCCUGGACUUCAUUGAUGCUUACCUGAAGGAGCUGUCCAAGGAUAAUAUCCAUUCUAGUUUCAAUGAAGAACAAUUAGUUGUCUGCACCCUGGACCUCUUCUUUGCUGGAACAGAGACAACUUCGACCACUCUGAGGUGGGCACUGCUAUAUAUGGCCCUUUAUCCAGAGAUCCAAGGCAAAAUACAAGCUGAGAUUGACCGGGUGGUUGGCCAGUCAAGGCAGCCCACCAUGGCUGAUAAGGAGAAUAUGCCCUACACUAAUGCAGCCAUUCAUGAAGUUCAGAGAAUGGGUAAUAUUAUUCCUUUCAAUGUGCCCAGGGUGGCCACGGUUGAUACUACAGUGGCAGGAUACUACGUGCCAAAGGGCACCAUGAUGAUGACCAACUUGACUGCCUUGCACAGGGACCCCAACGAGUGGGCUACCCCAGAAACCUUCAACCCAGAACAUUUUCUUGAGAACGGUCAGUUUAAGAAGAGAGAGUCCUUUCUGCCUUUCUCAACAGGAAAGAGGGUCUGCCUGGGAGAACUGUUGGCUCGGACUGAGCUCUUCCUUUUCUUCACUUGCCUGCUCCAGAAAUUCACGUUCCAGCCUCCCCCAAACACCCAGCUGAGCCAGGACUUCAGAUAUGGCUUAACCCUCUCUCCCGUCUCCUACAAAAUCUGUGCCCUUCCUCGAGCGAUGUAGGCCAAACUAGGCCUGUAGGGUGGUCUUCCAAGGGAAGGAGGGAAGGACAUGGAACCAUUCUCAUCCUCCAAGGUCACCCACCCUGCCCUUUGCUGUUUGAGUGGAAAGGGAGAGAAAUCAAGGAAAAGAGAGAGACAAAAGGAGGUGGCCCAAUUUGAAGCUUCCUGCACUGAAAAAGGAGAGGCAUUAACUCCAUCCAAAGGAAAGCACAAGGAUUCCUUGCUGGGCUUGGAGUCCAAGGACCUGGGUUCAAAUCCCAGCCCCGCCAAUUACUACCUGGGUGACCUUGAGCAAGUCACUUGAUUCCACAUCUAAAACGAGGAAGAGGAAGAUCUCUAAGGUCCCCUCCAGUUCUAAAUAUAAAAUCUUGUGAUGCUAUGAACAGAGAAUCAAUGAUUUUUCUCUGCUGCCUCAAUCAGUUGGGCCAAUUUUUUUUUUUGGUUUGGUUAAUUAUCUGUUUCUCUCGUGCUCUUAUAAAUCAUACAGUAGAUGUGAUUUUAGGAGAGAGUUCAGAGAGUUUACAUGAGUUACAGGAGGAAUUAACAGGUUAAAGAGGAUGAUCCUUAGAGAUUCUUAUAGACUGUAAGCUCCUUGUGUGCAGAGACUGUUUUCUUUGUUUUUGGAUCUACAGCAUCCAACCCGGUACCUGGCAUGGAGAAAGAACCCAAUAAAUAUUGAGGAUUGUUUUGUCUCUAAACCACUCAUUUUCAUAUUCAUAUUUUCCUUUGACUUUCACAGUGUGAAACAUUAAUCCAUCAGCUAAUGAGUUGGGUUCCUUAUUCCUACUAAAAGUCUUGUUAUAGAUGAUAAAUCAUAAUUACUCCAUAAUUAAUUGCAUUCACAUACAGCUAGGAAUGACCACACAUUGAGUAUUGCUAACCUGUUAAAAUUCCUGUAAAGGUUCCCUAUUCUUUUCAGAGAUACUUACACAAUGUAGCUUUCCAUGCUGAUACUGGAAACUCUUAGAAUACCCCAGCCAAUCAGAAAAUGCAAAUGCCCACGUGAACCAAAGUGAUCAAUGUUCCUCAUUUAUUGUUCAUGCUCCUCUUUCUAAUGUUCCUCCAUUAUACCUAUAAAAAUGCUCUGUGAGUUCACAAUGAGGUCCUUGUACCAAAUGAGGUGGUUUCAGACCCAUUUUAUUGGCAAAUUGCUACCAUCGUUAAUAAACCAAUCAUGCUUGGAA